UUUGUUUUUUUUUUGCAUGUUGUUUUGUCGGCUAAAGAUAGACCUCAGUUCAUGCAACUGCACUGCACGCGCCGUUAAUCCGCACAUGCAUUAAAACGCUCAGCUCUUAAAUCGUCAAAUUAUACUUUUUUAUUGUGGGGAAUUGAGGCUAUUGCGGAUUAAAUGGACAUAAGGCUGCUCCACAUAAUGUGAGCGUCACCUCCGAGCUGCCAUUUGUCGUUUAUAACUGCCCGCGUGCACUGUCCAGCACAACAUUGUGAUUCAUGUCACCAACUGGAUAAAGAGCAUUAAGACAGCUCUGAUGUUACCGGUUAAUGACAGAAAGAAUCACACCAAAGAGAAUAUGACGCCAAGAUGUAACAUUAGUCGUUUUUGUUAAUUAUUUAACCCAUAAUUAACCUGAGGCUUUUACGCGCACCUCUCCUCUCCAAUGGAUGCAUGUUGCCAAAAGGUCAAGUCCUCAUGAAAUAAAGCGCAUUUAGCAAGCAAUGACUUGUAACUUGACAGCAUGAAAACAUCAGUGCACGGAUAAAGGAAAGUUACCUGCGCUUGUUUGAUGAAGUUACGUUGACGCAGCAGAAAGCAUGCGCCCCAGGAGUAUGAACACUUUCUAGACCUGUUUUCUCCCUCUUUUCUGGAGGUUUUGCAUCACAGGUGCAUGGCCUUUUUUCACGAGACAUUCUGCUGUAAAUAAACACUUUUUUAAUCUGACCUCUGGACGUUGUUGUGGAUUGUGUUGCUAUUUAAUGCAAUGGGCUGCAUUCAGAGUAUCAGGUGUAAGCCCAAGAGUUUCCGAGACAGUAUCAUCGUCCUGGAGGUCAACACUUCCAUCGACCCAAACCCCACCAGCAUCGACGAGUCAUCCAGCGUGGUCCUGCGCUACCGGACGCCUCAUUUCCGAGCUUUUGCCCGGGUAUUGGUGCCGCCAGUGGCCAGUAAAGAGACAUGGACCAUCGGCUGGAUUCAAGCCUGUAACCACAUGGAGUUCUACAAUACGUAUGGAAACAAAGGGAUACCUGCCACAAACACACACCACUGUAUUGCAGCCUAUUUAGCUGUGACAAAGCGGGCAGUGAAGACACAAACAGGAAGUGAGACGUAUGUCUGCAACGCUUUCCCAACUCAUGAUCAAAGUUCCUCAGCGGAGAGACGACGACACUUUGUACCUGUGUGCAUUCAACUCUGCUUGAUGUGCCAUCGCUGCUUGCUGCUACAGUCGAGUUGGGAGCUCCCUGAUCUACGUGAUGGCAAAAUCCAAGCCAUCAGCGACUCGGAUGGGGUGAACUACCCGUGGUAUGGCAACACUACGGAGACCUGCACUGUGGUAGGCCCAACCAAGAAGGACAGCAAGUUCACUGUUAGUAUGAAUGACAAUUUCUACCCCAGCGUGACCUGGGGUGUGCCCGUCAGUGACAGCAACGUGCCUCAGCUUAGCAGCAUCCAUCGCGACCAGAGCUUUACGACCUGGUUGGUGGCCAUUAACCAGGCCACCUCAGAGACACUCGUCCUGCAGACUAUCCGCUGGAGGAUGCGGCUUCACAUCCAAGUGGACCCGGAGAAGCCUCUGGGUCACAGGGCCGUUCUGAACGAGCCCGUGGCCCAGGAACAGCCCCAGGUCAUGGGCAAGAAUGAGUCCAUCCCCUCUAACGCCAUGGUCAAGCCCAACGCCAAUGACGCCCAGGUGCUGAUGUGGCGGCCAAAGAAUGGUGACCCCGUGGUUGUCAUCCCACCCAAAUACUGACCUGUUUCACUGACCAGACUGGCCUUGGAUACCUUAACAGUAUCAUCUCUUAUUUUUUUCUGUUUCUUUUUGUUCCCGCUCAUCACCAGCUCUCACUGCUUGAACCCUUUCUCUUCUUUUUUUGCCUAUAUAUUCUUCUCUGUUAGUUUUGAAAAAGGACUGACAGAGAGAAAAACAGGCAAACGAAACCAGCUCUGAGGAAAAGACCAGCUGUUGCUCUGUGGUGGGGAGCGUUAACACACUUUCAAAACUGGAGCGAACAAACUGCAACCAUUCUACCUUCAAUCUGGGUCGGGUCGCACUGUGCUAAAUGAAAUCAUCACAAAAAUGAUUUUUUUUUUUUUUUUUUUCUAAUUUCAGUUUUGUAUUUUGGCUAUUUGGGCCAAGUGAUACGGGGUUUGUGAGUGUGGAUUGAAGUAUUUUACCAUGUCUGUGCACAGACUACACACAUGGAUAUGCACAAAACCUUGUGUAUGAAUACCAGUUGUGUUUUUAUUUAUGGGCUGGGAGAGAGUGCAUUUAAUUUUGUUUGUUGUUGCAUCGAGUGACAUACUAGAUUUUAGUACUUUUUUAAAAAACAUGCAAGACAUUCAAUCCAUGCUGCCUUAAGUUUACAUCGCUUUCCACUGCAAACUUUUUAGCCUUAAACAAAGUGCAAUGCAGUAUUUUGCUCAUUUGUCCCGUCUGUUUCAAACUGUUGGUGCUGGCAUGUGUGGGUUUAGGACAGGAGAGAUACCACAGAAGACUUUUGUGUUCAGUUGCAUUUACCUGACAAAUGUAUUGUCUCAAAGUACAACCAGCAUUAUGCGUAGACAGUUAUACAACCAAGCUAACUAGUUUCAAGUGCAUUAUGCAACAGAACAGAUGCUCUGUACUGAUGCAGAGGAUACCAGUGAAGCCAACACUUGUCAGCAGCACUCAACAAAAUAACGUGCAAUAACAACUUGAGCAAAAAGUACUCAAAAGCACUCCUCAACUAACCUCAUUCACUUUAUUCUGUUUAUAGCCAGUCGUAGCUUUCAACCUCAAAACACCAGUUUUUUGUUCUCUCUAUCACUCCAUCUCAGGGCCCCUUUUCCACUUCCUUCCCCUCUUUUAUCCAUCCUGUCUGGCCUUCUCUUCCUCGCAACAGUGAAGUGUUUGCAUUGCUCACAUUGAACAAUCAAUACUUUGAUUAAUACGCAGCCCCAGACAGGGGAAAUACCUUUUAUUAACUGGAGAGUAAAAACAGCAGGCUAUCUGCUGUGCUGUCAGUCUUGACAAUCUUAAUCACAUUGUGUUUAUUAUUGUUGCCUUCCUAUAAAUCAAUCGCAUUUCUUUUGUUUCUAUAAUAUUAAAUUCCAAACAUGUCUUUCAUGUUAAGUGUUUUCUCUUUAUCAAUUAUUUGUACUCUUCAUCUACACCAGUGUUUCUCCUCCUUUCCUCCCCCUCACUCUUCUUUCUUUCGUGUUUAUCUGUUGUCGAGGCUGAAAAGCAGAGCAGGAGGCAUGCAAGUUUGAUCCUGACUGCACGGUUGGCAUAUAGAUGACCCACUUCUCUGCCCUGCCAGUUGUAGCUCUCACUGCAGAAAUGUGGGGUUUGUCUCCCGUCUAUUUCACCGCCAGCAAAUGUAAGACACAAACACACGCAUACACAAACAGCUCUGGUCAGCUAAAUACCAGCAUUAAAUAGAUGAUGCCAGUUUAGCUGUUAAUCUUUGAAAGGGGGUGAGUGGAAACUCUUAAAAGCAGAGAGAGAGGCUGAAUUUGGCAUCAUGGGAAGCCCAAAUUAGGAUAAAAAGUUAAUUAUGUACACAUUUUUUAAAUAUCUGUUAAUGAGCUCUGUAAGCGUUAGCUCUGUUGAUGGCCAUUUCUUCACUUCUAGAUGUUGCAAGCUUAGUACGCCUUCCAAGUUCCUGUGUUUUGCCUCCAACCAAAGAAAUAAUUUGCAUGCAAGUCUGAUCUGCGUCUGUAUUUUACAAAGAUCAAUAAGCUGUUGCUGUUUCAGUGUAUAAUGAUGUGUUCACGUGGAAUCAGGCAGACAGACAACACCUUGUAGACAGCAUGGGAAAAACCAACAAACAGUACAACAGUUCGUCAGAACGGUGAACAAAACAUGCGUGCCGAUGUGCUGUUGCAUAUUUGACAGCAACCUGGCAGAGCUUCUGCAGCUCGCACACUUGUGAUGUUCACAUUUGCAGCGUAUUUGUUGUGAUGCUGCUGUAGAGCUUCCUGCUGCUGAAUUUCUACAAUUAUAAGCACAUUUUCCACUCAUAUAUGCCGUACAAGCUCCUGCAUUGUCAGCAACACGGUCCUACGAAUAUUUCGCGGUAAAAUGCCUUGUGUCAACAACUGAGGGGAUUCUGUUGACAGAAACAUUGUCAAAGGGCUUUUAUUUUGAAACGGAAACAGGAAAGUAAUACAGAUAUAUCUGUAUUAACUGAUGUCUGUGACAGAUAGAGAAAUUGAAACUGCAGUAAAAGGUGGCAUAAUGUCAAUACAGUUAUCAAUUACAAUCCAGUGUCCAAGUGGUCAUCUAUCAAACUUGUUUCAAGCCACAGUUCUUGUGAUUUAUUGGAUAUCCUCUUCAUUUAAAACGUAAUCAUUUUGUGAUGUUACACAGUAGCAGGCCUACUUUGAUUUAGCUUAUAUUUCUACCAAGACUGUAAAGGAACAGUUUGUCAUUUUGGGAACUGUGCUUAUUUGCUUCCUUGCAAAGAAUUAAAUGAAGAGAUGGACACCACUCUCAUAUCAUGGCAAAAAACACUGAUGUUUGAGACACAAGUUAUGCAGGCAGAGAGGGAUCACUACAGACCAUAUACAUAGGCUAAUGAGUUUCAUGGUUUUGUCUCAUUUCGAAUUGCCACAAUUUUAAAAUGUUACAACUGCCCCUGGUCUCCCCUACGCUAAAUCUGAAGCUACAAUGUACAGUUAGCCCAGCUUAGCAAGACUGGAAAGAGCCUGGCAUUGUCCAAAGGUAACAAAAAAAAAAAACCCACCAGCACUUCUAAAACUCACCAAUUAACUUGUUUUAUCUCAUUUGUUUGAUCCAAACAAAAACCAAAGUGUAAAAACUACAAGUUGUGGCUUUACAGGGGUUGUUUCCAGUCUUUAUGCUAAGCUAAGCUAACUGUCUCCUGGCUGCAGCUUCAGAUUUAGCAAACAGAUAUGAGAGUGAUAUCAAUCUUGUCAUCAAACUCUCAGAAAGAAAGCAAGUAUUUUCCAAAGUAUCUUAAUUCUUUUUUUUUUUUUACUAAUAAGCAAAAUGGUUUAUAAUCACAAGCUUACACGCUGUGGAGAAUUAGCUAGUUAAAAGGCUCUGCAGAGCACCAUGUGGAUCAAUGCAGUAAAUGAUAUCUAGCUGAACCAGGGCUUAAACGUCAAUUCGUGAUGUCCACUUUUUUGCCACCAGCUGAACUGCUUUAUAAGUCCAUUUUAAGCCUGCACAUGGCUACAUACAGACCCUCCUGCUUGGCUUGGCUCAUGUGUAACUGCGACAGCCUCUGCUGCAGGCUGGGUCGCAGGGCACUAUGAGUGAAGGGAGACGAGAAGCAAAAGGCUACUGGGGGACUGCUGUCAGAAUUAGAUCUGCUGUGACACACUUACAUGCCCUAGAUGGACUGAACUGUGCCGAGUCGCACCAUGCAACGCAAGGGCCAGCUAGUCAUGGGUGAGGUUUAAGUGAGGUCAAAUAGCAAAGGUCAGGGUCAAAGUGUUUGUGUGAGAGGAGCCGUCAAAGUCCUGCAGACAGCUGAGUGGCCAUGAGGGAAUGAAUAUGAAGUGUGACAACAAAUUCAAUCCAUUCAGACAUUAAUGCCAUCUUAAAAUAACAGUGACAUUUACCAAGCAUUACUUGGAUGUCAACCACAAGUUAUUUUAAUUUGUGGUUUGGUCUGAAGGCCGCAGAGAAAGCUGCAGCCCACAUUAUGACCUCUGUGACCUUUCACCUGAAAUAGUAGUAUUUGUAUCAACCUGGUAAUGUGUUACGGUGACCUGUGGACACCUGUGGAUAGUACUCAAGCUGGACUUCAUGUAAUGUAAUUGUAAUUUGAACCACAGAGUUUCCACUCAUUACAUGUAUGUGUGUGUGCAUUCGUGUGAGCGUGUGUGUGUGUGUGUGUGUGUUAAAUCCCAUUUGAGGGAUUUAGGCAGGAUGAGGAGUUUCACUGAUGUGCUUCUGCUGUUGUUGAGUCAUGAUUCUUUCUCUCUCUCUGGCUCUCUCACACAAACACAGGGCAGGGAAGGUUACGUCCUUGUCAUAAAACAGGGACAGAGCUUGCCCCCCUCCACUCUCUCUCUCUCUCUCACACACACAAACACACAUAAACACCCUGAGGGGAAAGGAGCAGGCCUGGUGUGGUAUCUGAUUGUCACAGCAGUGUCACAUUGGCAGUGAGAACUAAUUUAUUAGCCCUGCACGUGGACCGUCUGAAGACAUGCACAUGCUACAAAGCCAUACACACAAAACACACCUGUUUGCUAGUAAACAGAAAGUGAUGCGUGUAUCUUUAAUUGUUGUUGAACUAGAGUAGGAAAUAUAAAUAGAAGUAUUGAGGUCAUUGAACGGGUGCCUGUCAACUAUUAAAAGCAUUUCAUGUUAUUUUGUAGACUAUGGGUACUAAUAGAGUGCCCCAGGGGUGAUAUUCUUCUGAAGCGUCGCCCUGGUUCCCUCGUCAAAAUUUUAUUAUUUUUUUAACGGAUUUUGGAUUAUGCCAGAAAACAAACUCUGUGGCAAACAAAUUUUUAUGAUACUUACAGGUUUUGUUCAGCAAUAUAAUCUUCACAAAUGAACACCAUUUUCAGAAUUUUUUAAAACUUAAAUGCAUUAGCAAGAAGUAAAAAGCUAAUGUUAUGUUAUGAAGUACCUACCCUAUGGAUGCAUGACAUAAUGUCUUUAAGACACAAGAAAGCUUCAAAAUUCAUUGGGGUAUUUACUGACAUAUUUUAUUGUAGAAAAAAAGGUGAAAGUCCUUUUUAACUUGCGUUAAUCACAGACAUUAUUUCAGGCAUCUAAAAAACCCACUGACUUUGAGACGAGGGAACUGGGAUUGCAAAAAUGCUAACUGAUUUCCCAGUUUAGCGCUCAAUUAAGACUCCUGGGGUACUCUAUAGUCUUCUCAGUGUCUCUUAUUUUGUUAAAAAUGUGUUAAUGAUGUGUAUUUAUCUUCACACAAGAGAAGAACUUCAAAAAUGCUUUAUGUGCUUCCUUAACUAAGCCACAGAAAAACAAAAAUCGCACAUUGUUUAUUGUAUGGAAGGCAAAAGGUGCCAAAAUUGGACAAAGCCAAAACUAUGCAGUAGAACGUUAUUAAUAACUCAUGAAAUCUAAAACCUCCUGGCACUUAAUAACAGGCCUGUUUUCAGAUGUUUUUGUUAAUUUACAGGAAAAAAAACAUAAUAAAUGCAAAAUGUAGCAUCCUGGAUGUUUCUGUAGUGUUGUAGUGUUUUCUCCUUGUAGGGCUGUGCCAAGUGGAAAAGAGCCUCCUCUCCUAAACCCACACAACUACAGCUCUUCUGAGGGCUGCUACCUUUGCUUCAGACCUUUAUGUAGUCAGUAGUCAUCAGUGAAUCAUCAUCCCUUUAUUUAAACCAAUACAACAUCCUAAGUCACUCAGGACCACCUGCCUUCAUUUCCUGGCUUUGACUUUUGUUUCAAUCCCAUGAAAAAGUUUAUCUUGGUGUUCUCCUUGCUUCAAAAAAUAGAUCAACAUGAUUUAAAUACAACCCUAAAUGUAGCACAUAAGAUAAUAUGAGCGACUAUCUUGUGUUUCUCAUUUUGUUUGGUUUGUUUUCUGGAAAUACAGCACUGAAAUAAAUCAGUUUGUGUUUUUUUUUUUGUUCAGCUUUGACUUUUACACCAAUACUUGAAAAUGGGUCAGUUCUGGCAAACAUUUAAAACUGUGAAAAUGCACAACACUGGGGAAACAAA